AUGGGGGGCCCAGCCAUGAGCAAGGUCAGGCUCACACCACAGGCCCCUCCGAAGGGCCAUGACCACGUCUUGCCCCCCGCCCCCGCCACUCACACAGAGAAGACCGACUGCCCCGUCAAUGUCUACUUCGUCCUGGACACCUCGGAGAGUGUCACCAUGCAGUCGCCCACCGACAGCCUACUCUACCACAUGCAGCAGUUCGUGCCGGAGCUCAUCAGCCAGCUGCAGGAUGCCUUCUACCUAGACCAGGUGGCCCUGAGUUGGCGCUACGGUGGCCUGCACUUUUCCGACCAGGUGGAGGUGUUCAGCCCACCAGGCAGCGACCGCGCCUCCUUCAUCAAGGCACUGCAGGGCAUCCGCUCCUUCCGCCGGGGCACAUUCACUGACUGUGCACUGGGCAACAUGACUCAGGAAGUGCGGCGACAUGGCACAAAGGGCGUGGUCAACUUCGCUGUGGUCAUCACCGACGGCCACGUCACCGGCAGCCCCUGUGGGGGCAUCAAGAUGCAGGCUGAGCGGGCGCGAGAGGAGGGCAUCCGGCUCUUUGCUGUGGCCCCCAACCCCAACCUGAACGAGCCGGGUCUGCGGGACAUCGCCAGCUCGCCACAUGAGCUGUACCGCAGCAACUAUGCCACCAUGCAGCCCGGCACCACAGACAUCAACGAGGACACCAUCAACCGCAUCAUCAAGGUCAUGAAACACGAAGCUUACGGCGAGUGUUACAAGGUGAGCUGCCUGGAGAUUGCUGGGCCCCCUGGCCCCAAGGGCUACCGGGGACAGAAGGGUGCCAAGGGCAACAUGGGUGAGCCAGGAGAGCCUGGACAGAAGGGGCGACAGGGAGAUCCAGGCAUCGAAGGCCCCAUUGGAUUCCCAGGACCUAAGGGUGUUCCUGGCUUCAAAGGAGAGAAGGGCGAAUUUGGAGCCGAUGGUCGGAAGGGGUCUGCCGGCCUGGCGGGCAAGAAUGGGACCGACGGACGGAAGGGCAAGCUGGGGCGCAUCGGGCCUCCUGGCUGCAAGGGCGACCCCGGGAACAGGGGCCCUGACGGCUACCCAGGGGAUGCGGGCAGUGCCGGGGAGCCAGGAGACCAAGGUGCCAAGGGGGACGCCGGCCGCCCAGGACGCAGAGGGCCCCAGGGAGAAAGUGGGGCCAAAGGCAGCAAGGGAUAUCAAGGCAACAGUGGCACCCCCGGAAGUCCCGGCGUGAAAGGAGCCAAAGGCGGGCCCGGGCCCCGCGGACCCAAAGGCGAGCCUGGACGCAGAGGAGACCCCGGAGCCAAGGGCAGUCCUGGGAAUGAUGGCCCUAACGGGGAGAAGGGGGACCCUGGCCCUGAGGGGCCCCGGGGCCUGGCCGGAGAGGUCGGCAACAAAGGAGCCAAGGGGGACCGUGGCCUGCCUGGGCCUAGAGGCCCUCAGGGGGCUCUCGGGGAGCCUGGGAAGCAGGGAUCUCGGGGAGACCCUGGUGACGCUGGGCCCCGUGGAGAGUCGGGACCACCCGGCCCCAAGGGAGACCCCGGCCGGCCCGGAUUCAGUUACCCAGGACCCCGAGGAGCACCUGGAGAAAAGGGAGAGCCUGGCCCGCGCGGCCCUGAGGGAGGCAGAGGAGACUUUGGCAUGAAAGGAGCGCCCGGUCGGAAAGGAGAGAAGGGAGAGCCUGCAGACCCUGGUCCCCCUGGUGAGCCAGGCCCUCGGGGGCCAAGAGGAGAGCCAGGACCUGAGGGUGAGCCUGGCCCCCCUGGAGACCCCGGUCUCACGGAGUGUGACGUCAUGACCUACGUGAGGGAGACAUGCGGGUGCUGUGACUGUGAGAAGCGCUGUGGCGCCCUGGACGUGGUGUUUGUCAUCGACAGCUCUGAGAGCAUUGGCUACACCAACUUCACUCUGGAGAAGAACUUCGUUAUCAACGUAGUCAACCGGCUGGGUGCCAUCACCAAGGACCCCAAGUCAGAGACAGGCACACGUGUGGGCGUGGUGCAGUACAGCCACGAGGGCACCUUCGAGGCCAUCCAGCUCGACGAUGAACGUAUCAACUCACUGUCCAGCUUCAAGGAGGCGGUCAAGAACCUCGAGUGGAUCGCCGGCGGCACCUGGACACCCUCGGCCCUCAAGUUCGCCUACAACAAGCUCAUCAAGGAGAGCCGACGGCAGAAGACCCGCGUGUUCGCAGUGGUCAUCACAGAUGGGCGCCACGACCCACGGGACGAUGACCUGAACCUGCGGGCACUGUGCAGUGAUGACACUGUCACGGUCACAGCCAUUGGCAUCGGUGACAUGUUCCACGAGCAACACGAGAGUGAAAACCUCAACUCCAUUGCCUGCAACAAGCCCCAGCAGGUGCGCAACAUGACGCUUUUCUCCGACCUGGUGGCCGAGAAGUUCAUUGAUGACAUGGAAGACAUCCUGUGCCCAGAUCCCCAGAUUGUCUGCCCUGAACUUCCUUGCCAAACAGAGCUGUACGUGGCCCAGUGCACGCAGCGGCCUGUGGACAUCGUCUUCCUGCUGGACGGCUCGGAGCGGCUGGGCGAGCAGAACUUCCUCAAGGCUCGGCGCUUCGUGGAGGAGGUGUCCAGGCGACUGACCCUGGCGCGCCGGGACGACGACCCGCUCAACGCCCGCCUGGCGCUGCUGCAGUACGGCGGCCCUCAGGAGCAGCGGGUGGCCUUCCCGCUGACCGCCAACCUGACGGUCAUCCACGAGGGGCUGGAGGACGCGCGCUACCUCAACUCCUUCUCGCACGUGGGCAGCGGCAUCGUGCACGCCAUCAACACGGUGGUUCGCGGGGCGCAGGGCGGGGCGCGGCGCCACGCCGAGCUCGCCUUCGUCUUCCUCACCGACGGCGUCACGGGGAACGAGAGCCUGGAGGAGUCGGUGCACUCCAUGCGCAAGCAGAACGUGGUGCCCACUGUGGUGGCCGUGGGCAGCGACGUCAACAUGGACGUGCUCUCCAAAAUCAGCCUGGGCGACACGUCUGCCAUCUUCCGCGAGAAGGACUACGACAGCCUGGUGCAGCCCGGCUUCUUUGACAGGUUCAUCCGCUGGAUCUGUUAG